AUGGCUCCGGUUGCUACUACCAAUGGCUAUGGAGGGAUGUAUAUACCUGACGACCCUGAUAGAGCUGGACUCGCUCUAAGGGAACAAACACGGCCACUCUUGAACAACCCAUCGCCUGACGAUGUUGAAAUCCUGGAGCAACUCUACGGCUCCCGGAAGAAAAUGCGCAUCGCCGUCCUGGGAGCUGGUAUGUCCGGGUUGAACUUCUUCAAGGCCGCGGAAGAGAGACUCAAGAAUGUCGAAAUCAUAUGCUACGAAAAGAACGAUGACGUUGGCGGCACUUGGUAUGAGAACCGUUACCCGGGCUGUGCCUGCGAUAUCCCGAGUGUGGUAUACCAGUUUCCCUGGAGACCUUCACCGUGGUCCCGAUACUAUUCAUACUCGCCAGAAAUUUGGGAUUAUAUCAAAAAGGUCGAACAGGAGAAUAAUUUCAUCGAGAAGUACGUCAAGUUGCGGCACCGGAUUGUUGCUCUUUCUUGGGAUGACGGGACCGGCCAAUGGAGUGUUCGCGUACAGGACCUCAAUACGGGACGUGAAUUCGAGGACCAUGCAGAUAUGGUCAUCGAUGGGGGCGGCGUUCUGAACAAAUGGAAAUGGCCCGAUAUUCCUGGCCUGCGCGACUUCAAGGGCACCCUACUCCAUUCAGCUCAAUGGGAUCAGAACACGGAUCUCAAGGGUAAACGGGUCGCACUGAUUGGCGCCGGAAGCAGCGCGGUUCAGAUCCUUCCGAAUAUCUACGACCAAGUCGACAAGGUCUACACUUGGAUUCGGAACAAGAUCUGGAUCACUGCGGGGUUCGCUCAAGCAUACGCAGGCAAGGACGGUGCAAACUUCAUCUACAACGAGGAACAACGAAAGCUGUUUGACGAUCCCGACGAGUAUCUCGCAUAUUGCAAAAUGAUUGAAGGGGAGCUCAAUCAACGAUUCGGCUUCAUCAUCAAUGGUUCCGAGGCCCAAAAGGCUGCACGCGAGUACUCCGAGAACGAAAUGCGGACGCUGCUGAAAGACCGCCCGGACAUAUUAGAAAAGAUCAUGCCGACCGACUUCUACGUCGGAUGUCGUCGCCCGACUCCCGGAAACGGAUACUUGGAAGCCCUUGUCGGCGAAAAGACCACGCCGUUUGCCUCGCAACUACAGAAGAUCACGGAAAAGGGGUUCAUCGACCCGGACGGGCAAGAAAGGGAAGUCGACGUGAUAAUCUGCGCCACGGGCUUCGACACAUCUUAUAAGCCCCGCUUCCCCCUGAGCGUGAAUGGUGUUUCCAAGAACGAACAAUGGAAAGAUCACCCUCAUGUGCCUUCGUACUUGAGUCUCGGGUUGGCCGAGGUGCCCAAUUACUUUGUGUACGGAGGCGCUUAUUGUCCCUCGGCUCAUGGCAGUUUUUUUCCAUUGAUCGAGGGUUACUGCAACUAUACGAUCCAAGUGAUUGAGAAGAUGCAGGUGGAGAACAUCAGGAGUGUGAGGCCCAAGGCGAAAGUGGUGGAACAAUUCUUGAAGCAUGCCGAUUCGUUCUUGAAGAGAACGUCGUGGACGGGACCCUGCUCAAGCUGGUUCAAAGGUGGCAAAAAAGACGGCAAACCCGCCAUCUACCCGGGUUCGCGACUGCACUUUCUGCGCCUGCUCGAGAAGCCGCGCUUCGAGGACUACGAGAUCGAGUACGACGACGGGAAUAACAUGUUUGGGUUCUUCGGCAAUGGGUUCCACAUCUGCGAGAGGGACGGGAGCGACAUCACCUGGUACAUGGGCAAGCCGAAGAGGGAGGUGGAUCUGGACAAGGUGAAGCGGGUCAUGGACGGGACCAAGGGGAUUGAGAUGAAAAGGGCGUCGUGA